AUGGAUGCGAAUAACGUAACGACAACAACGUUGAUACCACCAGCACCGAUCCAUCCGAUGCAUGGUGCGUUGAAAGCAAUUCUUAUUUUAACACUUUUCGUUGCAACCUUUCUCGCAUGCAUGGUUUGUUUGCACGUUUAUUAUCAUUUUCUAUGA